GACAAGAAUAGAGCGAGGGCGAGGCAAAGGACUAAAGAAAAGAUGUGGAUUAGAAAGAUCCAUGAGUGUCAAAAAGGUUCCAACACAAGCUCCCAAAUCUUGACCCAAUUGAAGUCCUUCACCCAAUUCAAAGCAUCUGAGACAAACAUGGAGUCCUCCUCCAAGGAUGCUGCGCAUGAAGCUGAAGAACCUACUCUCCAUGUACCAGCGAAUCUUGCGCCGGUUUUCGAGGACUCCGUUGCAUUGAAAAGGAAGCUGAAUUUAUCUUCAAUUUUUGCUUCUCAGCAAAAUCUUGGAAUGUCAAAAGAUGCAAGCUGCAGUGCAAGCAAAUAUAAUCACAAUUUAACUCAAAAUUUGGACAUCAAUAGUGCAAUCCCUCACUCUACCUUUCGUGCUAUUACCAACAUGAAUCUGUCUGCAGGACUCCAAAUUUAUGGCAAAAUCUGGGAGGCACGCAACACAGAGAGUCAAUACUGAUCGGUGCAUGAACUUUUAAAGGUGUCCUGUU